AUGGGUGCCCGAUUACGCCUAACCUUUCAGAUACGUGCGUGCAUCCUCCUGGUUCUUGCCACCAGCGCAUUCGCUGGAUACACCGGUUACGGCGUGGGUUAUGGCCUCGGCUACGGUCUUAGCUAUGCCGGAUACGCACCAGCUGUGCACACUGUCGCCCACACUGCCCCAGCCGUCACCACCGUUGCCCACGCUCCAGUCGUCUCUUACGCUGCUGCUCCAGUUGUUGCCGCUGCUCCAGCUGUGACCAAGGUCGCCACCGUGGCUCACGCUCCAGUGGCCACCUACGCUGCUGCCCCAGUCACAACCUACGCCACUGCUCCCGCUGUGACCAAGGUUGCUACCACCUACCAUGCCCCAGCUGUCGCCACCGUGGCUCACGCUCCAGUCACAACGUACGCUGCGACCCCAGUAGCCACCUACGCUGCUGCUCCAGUUGUUGCUGCUGCUCCAGCUGUGACCAAGGUCGCCACCGUGGCUCACGCUCCAGUGGCUACCUACGCUGCUGCCCCAGUCGCUACCUACGCCGCUGCUCCCGCCGUGACCAAGGUUGCUACAACCUACCACGCUCCAGCUGUCGCCACCGUGGCUCACGCUCCAGUCGCCACAGCUGUUGCCGCUCCAGUCGCCACCUACGCGACUGCUCCAGCUGUCGCUGCCUACCACGCCACUCCAGUCUACAGCUACGGAGUCGGCGCCCACGGCUACGGCGCUGGCCACUACGCCUACGGUAGCGGUCUUCUCAGCUAUGGCCUGAACUAUAGCUAUGGUCUCGGCUCUCCCUUCCACUACGGUGCCCUUCUCCGCAAGAAGAAGUAAACGGUCCACCUGUAACUUACCUGAAGAAAACGAAGAAACGUUGUAGGCCUGCGCGAAAAUAUUGCGUGUAAUUGAACAAUCGACGCAAUAGAAAAUUAAAAUUGAUCUGGAGAAGCCCUGAA